ACGGACUGGUGCCACGUUUCCCAUACCCACUUAUUUCUAACAUCACAAUUGCCCCUUAGAAUCAGGCCGGGUUAAUUAGGAUUAGAGCAGUUAUGGUAAUACAUCGUAUCCGUCCAAUGAGCGGAGUGACCCGAAAACUCAGGUGCAGUGUAGACGGUUUUUUAUUGAUGUUGAGGUCAAUACGCUCAUAAACGUGGCACCACCGGCCUGAUGCAGGCUAUAGCAAGAUGGCUUUCCUAUGCCCAGUCAGAAUCCGACGGAACAAGAAAAAGAAAGGGUCAGGGGGGUAUGUGUCGGAGGGGGAGGAGAAGGUGGUGCGGGCUCCUGGGCUCGGUCGCAUCACAGGCUCUGCUUCCAUAGAGACGCUGGUGCGGGUUGGCUUGGAGAAGGAGGCUGGCCUCUCGCCCGACAGCAAGAUGGUUGUCCUACAUGACUUCACGCCCUGCGUUGAUGAUGAACUGGAAGUGAAGAGGGGUAGUGUUGUAAAUGUACUUUAUCAGGAAAAUGACUGGGUAUACGUUAUCGCGGAGCAUGGCCAACAGGAAGGCUUCAUCCCUCACUCCUACUGCGCACCAUUCGGGUCACAGCUCGGGGAACUUACCAUGAACCAUAAAAAAAAAAUGCCUCGUGAACAUAACUCAUUGGAAGGAGGAGGCGGAGGUGGCCUUGAUACAGACCACAACACUACAAUAGGUACUAUCAACUCUGGAGGCACAGAUAAUCCAGGACUGGUGGGAUCAGAUAAUGAGAGUUAUGGAGGGAAAUUAAUAGGCAGUCCGCCCAAUAGAACUUCAGAUUCUUCUAUCCAAAGUGGCACGGCUACACCGGACAUUCAUCCGUUUUUCAAGGAUCCUGCUGGCAGGUACAUUGUCUUAUACACCUUUAUUGCACGUGAUGAAAAUGAUGUGAGUGUAGAGCGUGGAGAGUUCGUAACUGUACUCAACCGUGAAGAUCCUGAUUGGUACUGGGUUCUAAGAUCAGAUGGACAGGAAGGUUUUGUUCCAUCUGGAUUUGUCUAUCCAGCGGAUGUAAUACAAGAUCACCUGGAUCAAGGUGGGGGUACAACUGGUGGCGGGGUGAUGGUGGGCACGAUACAUGGCUUAGGUAGCGUCGGGGGGCACCAGUUGGGCUAUGGGGCCUCCCAGCAUCAUAUAAAUCCUGGGAACAGCGACGACCUUCGGUUUCAUGGCUCGGAACUUGUCAUGCUCUAUGAUUAUAAGGCACAAGCCCCAGAUGACUUAUCAGUGCGUCGAGGAGACUGGAUCUAUGCUGACUUGAACAAUCAGACUGUAGAUGGAUGGCUGUGGGCAUAUGCUCCAAAGACUCGAAAGUAUGGCUUUAUACCAAAGGCUUACGCUCGGCCUCCUGCGAUGACAUCCCUAUAGAAAUAAAACAGGUGAUGUGUACAUAGUUCUCUGUGAAGCUGACUGUGUUUGUGAUUUCUGUACUAGAUAAUCAAGAUCAAAUCAGGGUCAGUGUUGCCUAAUGUACAGAUGGCAGCCCUUAAUGGUGCCUAGUGUACAGAUAGCAGCUCUCAGUGGUGCCUUCAGAGCUGCAUAAUGUAUAGUUAAUAACUGCAGUGGUGCCUUCAGAGGUGCAUAGUGUACAGAUGGCAGCUUUCAGCAGUGCCUAUUGUACAGUUGGCACCCACUUUUCAGAGACACCCCCCUCACAAAAUGACUGGUUACAGUAAUCUGUCUCGAACAGUAUUGUAUAGAAAAAUAUAUUUAUCUGUUUAUACCCUAAUCUCAUUUAUGCUACUCACGAUUAUUUAAAUACACAUAGGAUACAUCAUUCAUUGUAAGCUGAACAUGAAAUUUGGUGUUGAAAAUGCCACCUGUGCCAAAUAUAAAGUCAACUCAUUCAUUUUUAAUCUUUUCUUAUAGAUGUACUGUGUUUUUUCUUUAGCUUUUAUAUAUUUGUACAUGAUAUUGUUAAUUUUUUACCAUUCAAGUUAAUUGUAAUAUAUUUAGUAUUUUCUAAUUUAUUUUUUCUUUUAUACUGAUCAAUAAAUGAGGUGACAGCUGUCCACAUGUGGAAGAUGAAUCUGUUGGAUUUGUUGUAGUUUAUGUGAGACUUUGUGUACCUUUUCUACCCCAUUAAAUUGGGAAUUGAUUAAGGUUGACAGAAAGAAUGGCAGCCAUGGUAAUUUCUUGUCCUUGUCAGUGACAUGACAGCACUUUACUUGAGAUGAGACUACAGUUCUAAGUUGAGAAUGAACCAUAUUAUUAAUUAUUUAAAGAUUGUCUGUAUAUGUGAAUGAAUAUAUUGUUGUAAAUGAGCUGGACUUCUCUCGGCUUCAAAAUUUGUAUUAAGAUGAAGCUGUGAUUUAA